CAUAUUCCAAGCCGAAAGUGCUACAAUGAAUCGCUUGGCUGUCGUGUUGUUUGCGUUGGGUGCGAUUGCGGGUCAGUCGAAUGCCGCAUACCCCUUCAUAAAUUUGGCCGGUUCGGAAUUGCUGACGAUUGCCAAAGAUCUGAACAACAUCUCAGUGUCCGUAACACUCUUCAACAACACCCUGAACCCAAUCCAUGAUGGCUAUCUCAAGUCGGCCAACGACAUCAUGAACACUGUCACCAAUUACUACAAGGCCCUGAACGCGACUUUGAAAAGCGGCGAUUACACUCUGACAUUGCUUCAGAAUGCUUUCAGUACGCUGGCUACGAUGAAUAGCACUAUCAAGUCGUUCGACCAAAGCAUGACGAACAACUACAUCUACAAGGAAAUCCAAACCAAUGCCUAUGGAAUGCAGCUCAUGAUCAGCAAUCUGGUUCAAGGAUUCACCAAUAUGCUCUACAGCGGUGGCAUGGGAAUUUCAGGGCAAAAUCAAACUGUCGUGGAAAGCUGUGUGCUGAACAAUGCUACUUUCCUUCAAGCUGCGAACGUAUCGCUGGGUCGUUACUCGGCUUGUAUCAACAAUCAAACAGCUGCCAUUAAUCUGCUAGCACCAAUUGCUAGCAACUUCUUCGGCUGGACCGCACUGGAUAUUCCAACCCUGUUUGCGCAGUCCAGUAUUUGUACUGCAGGAACCGGUUCUAACGCCUGUUCCAGUACGUAUUCACAAUCCAUCCCCAUGGAGCUUACCAAUAUCCUGACGGAACUGAACCUCGGACCCCUCUUCCUGUCGUUCAUGGGCUCGCUCAUGACCCAGUGGCACAAUUUGUGUAUCACGAUGACAGCCAACGAUAUCACCGAUAUCCUGAACACUAUCGUGAACAACAUUCAGGCGUGCCAAAUGUCAGCAGGACUUCCGGUAGCUGGUAAAGCGUAAUCUGUAAUAGA